UGUGUACUGGCCUGGGAUAUUUGUCCAAACAGGGGAACAUUCUUGUGGAGAAAGUUAACAUGGAGAAACCCUGCUCAGCAGUUUGUGCACUGGUUUUAGUACUAAGUGCGUUUAUGCACAUAGAUUUUGCUGCAGAGGCUGAUGGCAACCAAACAGUGACUCUUCCAAAGCCGGGCCACUGCCCUCGUCGCCUGAAUGUUGUCCCAUCACAUAAAGGCUGUGCGUGUGAUGAAGACUGUCCUGCAGAUCAUAAAUGCUGUGUCUUUGACUGUGGAGCUGUCUGUGUGCCUCCUGCUUUCACCAAGCCUGGAGCGUGUCCUCGCAGGCGGUGGGGUGCUGGCCCGUGUGCUGAGUUCUGCUCUAAUGACAGUGACUGUCCCAAUAAGGAGAAAUGCUGUCACAAUGGAUGUGGACAUGAGUGCAUUGCUCCAUACAAAGUGAAGCGGGGUCGCUGUGCUCCUCCCCAGGGGACCCCCAUGUGUGCCGAGUACUGCUAUCAUGACGGCCAGUGUCCAGGAGAGCAGAAGUGCUGCAGGACGACCUGUGGCCAUGCCUGCAGUGAGCCCUGCUGAGGCACAAACACAGUUUGGUGUUUUUGUACAACUUCAUAGAAAAUGAGGACUUUUCAUGGUCUCACAUUUUGGUACUUUUCAGCAUUAGUUUGCACAAAUCUGAAUAUUCUGAGGGAAAAAAAUUGCAGUUCUUUAUACUGAAAAGCAGACAUGCAUGCACUUUACGUACAAACGCCUGCAUAUCUUUGUAUUUUUCUGUAAAAUUUCAGAUCUAUAUUUGGAAAAGAAAAAAAAACAUGGAAUAACUUGAUCAUUAGUUGCUAUGACACAGUCAGGAGCUGUUUGAUAGGUUGUAAUUGUCUUUAAAAACCAAAAUAAAAAAAAAACUCAUUAUCUCUCUUAGAUGUAUGAUACUGUUGAGAGUACUUUUAAGGACUGAAAUGUACCUCUUUAUGUGUUGAUUACAAAGUUUGGGAAUCUGGAUUAAAGUAUGUAUCUUCUUUGUAUUUUAACCAAUAAACAUGCUCCUUAAUGCUGAAAAAACGUA